AUGGAAGCACAGAAAGUUUUUAAAGGCAACCUUCCGCAGGAGCCGAUUGCCACGCGCAAGGCGUCUGGUAUUGUCAUUGCCAAGCUGGGACCGGUGCUGCCCCAGCUAAUGACCGGGUCCGCCGAUCUGAUGGACUCGACCUUUGUGGCCUGGUCCAAGGCUCCCUCCAUGACAUUUCAGUCUCCGAACCUCUCCGGAUCCGGGAAAGGCGGCAGCUUCGCUGGCCGACAGAUUCGUUACGGGAUCCGCGAGCACGCCAUGGUCGCCAUCGCCAACGGCUUGGCCGCCUAUCACCCCAACGCGAUUCUCCCCGUGGUGUCGACCUUCUUCAUGUUCUUUCUCUAUGCGGCGCCUGCUGUCCGUAUGGCUGCUCUCCAGCGCCUCAGAGUCCUUUACAUUGCCACCCAUGACGGAAUUGGCAUAGGUGAAGACGGACCGACUCACCAGCCGAUUGCGCUCGCAAGCUUCUUCCGGGCUAUGCCCGGCAUUAAUUUCCUGAGGCCCGCCGAUGCCGAGGAAGUCAUGGGAGCUUGGACGAUAGCGUUGCAGGCCAAUGUGCCAUCGAUGCUCUCGCUCAGCAGACAGGCGCUUCCCCUCCUUGACGGCACGUCUCGAGAGGGGGUCGCGCGAGGCGGCUACCCCAUUUUCCAAUCGAAGGCCGCGUUGAACGGCGUGCCGGACCUCGUUUUUAUCUCUACAGGCUUUGAAGUGCAUCUCGCUAUCGAGGUGGCUUCGCUGCUGACCUCUGACGCUUGCGGCACGAGAGUGGUCUCCAUGCCCUGUCAGGCUCUUUUCGAUCAGCACUCAGCCGAGUACAAGGAGGAAGUGCUGCCGACCGCUGGCGCACUCAUCGUGGCCGUCGAAGCUUGGUCUUCGUUCGGCUGGGCCAGAUACGCCCACGCGUCAGUCAGCAUGCACUCAUUUGGCCUUUCCGCGCCCGCCGACCUUCUCUACAAGCAUUUUGGUUUUGAGCCGGAGAAUAUUGCCAUUCGCGUCCGAAAAUUUCAGCAAAGACACACAAAGAACAGUGUCGUGAUGGUGCCGGCUGUCGGCAAGUUCGAGGAACUGUUAUUGUAG